AUGCUUGUACAACGCAAGCAAAACCGGCAGCGGAGAGAUUACCUCUACCGUCGAGCCUUGACACUGCGAGAUGCUGAGAUAAGUGAGAAACGAGCCAAGUUACGGGCUUCCCUGGCGUCGGGAAAACCUCUGGACCCUGCCAUUGCGAACGACAAGAAGCUUCGGGAGGACUACAAGUACGACGAAUCAAAACCAGACUUGACGGUCAAUGAAGAGCUGGAUUUGGAUGAUGAGUACGCGCAGUUGUCUGGGAUCGUCGACCCUCGGGUUCUUGUCACGACCUCACGAGAUCCCUCCACACGAUUAUCUUCCUUUGCCAAGGAAAUUCGAUUAUUACUCCCAACUUCCAUACGGCUGAACCGAGGAAACCUCAUCCUUCCAAAUCUCGUACAAUCCGCACAGGCAUCCGGCCUCUCAGACAUAAUCCUUCUUCAUGAACACCGUGGUAUACCAACUGCCUUGACGCUAUCACACUUCCCACAUGGGCCAACCGUAUCAUUCUCUCUACACAAUGUCGUCCUUCGUCAUGAUAUCCCAAACAGUUCUCGCGGUACCGUCAGCGAAUCCUACCCCCACCUGAUAUUCGAAGGUUUCACAUCGCGACUGGGUCUCCGGAUCGUAAGAAUACUGAAACACAUCUUCCCACCACGAGAAGCGAUCACAAACAGAACGAAAAUUGGAAGCCGAGUUGUUACAUUCAAGAAUAUCGAGGAUAGCAUAGAGGUCCGGCACCAUGUGUUCGUAAAGACCGGAUACCAAAGCGUUGAGCUGGCGGAAGUGGGACCAAGGAUGACGAUGAGAUGUUUCGAAAUCAGAGGGGGGACGUUGGAGAACAAGGAUGGCGAUGUGGAGUGGAGAUUGAACCAGUACACCCGUACGAGUAAGAAGAAGGAUUAUCUGUGA